AAUAAAAAAAUAUUUUACUUGUUUAGCAUCUGGUUGGGGAGGGGGUGUGGAAGGGUUUUGGGAGAUGGUGAGGGUUCGUUACAAGGUAGUAGUGUGCUUUAAUUUAUUUAUUUUCGUGAAGAAGAAGAUGAUCACCUGGGAUCAGCUCUCAAUGUAUGUCGUAACAGGAAGUUGUUGGCAUUCGGAUCAGACAACAACAACAACAACAACAACAUUAGCAGAACAGCAGAGUUCUCAGUCGAAGUCCAUCCGACAAAUAUUAUCGAUGGAUAACACCGGAUAUUGCAACGAUAGCUUCAAUAGCAUACGAAGUAGCACAAGUGACGAGGACAUGGUGGAGAUAGCAGGGUCGACAUUAGACUUCUCUAACACGGAGGAUGUACCACCCUUGGACCGAGACUAUGGUUCUGGGGAUAACCCAGGUAUGGAGGAGGUGAACGGGGUUCCUAAACUGAUGGACCUGCUUGAUGAGCCUGUGCCUGGGGUGGGCACCUAUGAGGACUUUAACACCAUAGACUGGGUGCGGGAGAAGUCCAAAGACCGUGACCGGCACAGAGAGAUUACCAGUAAAAGCAAAGAGUCUACAUGGGCACUGGUGAACAGUGUCUGUGAUGCUUUCUCUGGAUGGUUGCUCAUGCUGCUGAUUGGACUCAUGUCAGGCGCGUUGGCAGGUGGGAUUGACAUAUCAGCCCACUGGAUGACAGACCUGAAGGAAGGGGUUUGUCUGAACGGGUUCUGGUUCAACCAUGAACACUGCUGUUGGACCUCCAACGAGACCACCUUCCAAGAGAGGGACAAGUGUCCACAGUGGAAAAGCUGGGCUGAGCUCAUCAUCGGCGCAACAGAGGGUCCCUUUGCGUACAUUAUGAACUACCUAAUGUACGUGUGCUGGGCUCUGCUAUUCUCCUUCCUGGCCGUGACACUGGUCAGGGCCUUCGCUCCCUAUGCCUGUGGUUCUGGAAUCCCAGAGAUCAAAACCAUAUUGAGUGGUUUCAUCAUCCGAGGGUACCUGGGGAAGUGGACCCUGGUGAUUAAGACCAUCACCCUGGUCCUGGCUGUGUCAUCGGGGCUCAGCCUGGGGAAGGAGGGGCCCCUGGUCCACGUGGCCUGCUGCUGUGGCAACAUCCUCUGCCACCUCUUCACCAAGUACCGCAAGAAUGAGGCCAAGCGCAGAGAGGUUCUGUCUGCCGCUGCAGCAGUUGGUGUGUCUGUGGCUUUUGGGGCCCCCAUAGGAGGAGUGCUCUUCAGUCUGGAGGAGGUGAGCUAUUACUUCCCUCUGAAGACCCUGUGGCGGUCGUUCUUCGCGGCCCUGGUGGCAGCCUUCACCCUGCGCUCCAUCAACCCGUUUGGAAACAGCCGCCUGGUGCUGUUCUACGUGGAGUUCCACACCCCCUGGCACCUCCUGGAGCUCAUACCCUUCAUCCUCCUGGGCAUCUUUGGGGGCAUCUGGGGCGCCUUCUUCAUCCGCGCCAACAUCGCGUGGUGCCGGAGGCGCAAGACCACGUGGCUGGGCCACUACCCGGUCCUGGAGGUUCUGGUUGUCACCGCAGUGACGGCGGUGGUGGCUUUCCCUAACAGCUACACCCGCACCAGCACCAGUGAGCUCAUCUCUGAGCUCUUCAACGACUGUGGCCUGCUUGACUCCUCCAAGCUGUGUAACUAUGACAACGCCAACGUCACCAAGAGCAGCAAUGAGCUGCCGGACCGCCCGGCUGGAAAGGACGUUUACACGGCCAUGUGGCAGCUGUCCCUGGCCCUGGUCUUUAAGAUGCUCAUCACAGUGGUUACCUUUGGCAUGAAGGUUCCCUCUGGGCUGUUCAUACCCAGCAUGGCGGUGGGGGCGAUCGCAGGCAGGCUGCUGGGUAUAGGCAUGGAACAGCUGGCCUACUACCACCAUGACUGGGCGAUCUUCAGGGGCUGGUGUUCUCCUGGUGCUGACUGCAUCACCCCAGGCCUCUAUGCCAUGGUUGGGGCUGCUGCCUGCUUAGGUGGGGUGACCCGUAUGACCGUGUCCCUGGUGGUCAUCAUGUUCGAGCUGACCGGAGGGCUGGAGUACAUCGUGCCUCUGAUGGCUGCGGCCAUGACCAGUAAGUGGGUGGCGGACGCCAUCGGGCGCGAGGGGAUCUACGAGGCUCACAUCCGCCUCAACGGUUACCCCUUCCUGGAGGCAAAGGAGGAGUUCAGCCAUAAGACCCUGGCCAUGGACGUGAUGCGGCCGCGUCGCAGUGACCUGCCGCUCUCCGUAGUGACCCAGGACGGCAUGACGGUGGAGGACGUGGAGACCAUGAUCACUGACACCACCUACAGCGGCUUCCCCGUGGUGGUCUCCCAUGAGUCCCAACGCCUAGUGGGAUUCGUGCUGCGAAGGGACCUUACCAUCUCCAUAGAUAAUGCCAGACAGCGUCAGGAUGGGAUAGUGAGCACAUCGAGGGUCUUCUUUACAGAGUACACACCCCCUCAGCCCCCCAACAGCCCCCCUCCUCUGAAGCUCAGAGGCAUCAUGGACCUUAGCCCCUUCACCGUCACAGACCACACCGCCAUGGACAUUGUGGUGGACAUCUUCAGGAAGCUGGGCCUGCGCCAGUGCCUCAUCACACACAAUGGCCGCUUGCUGGGUAUUAUCACAAAGAAGGACAUUCUGAAGCACGUGGCUCAGAUAGCCAACCGGGACCCAGACUCGAUCCUCUUCAACUGAUGCUAUAGUACCAGCUGCAGCACCGUGGGCCAGACACCACUGUGGAACCACCGCUUUCACCCAGGCCUCUCUACACUGCACUAUGUUCAUGUCUAGUGGACUCUUCCCUGCUGUGACAACUGUCCACUCCAUUAGAACUCUAGUGGAUUCCUCCCUGCUGUGACAACUGUCCACUCCAUUAGAACUCUAGUGGAUUCCUCCCUGCUGUGACAACUGUCCACUCCAUUAGAACUCUAGUGGAUUCCUCCCUGCUGUGACAACUGUCCACUCCAUUAGAACUCUAGUGGAUUCCUCCCUGCUGUGACAACUGUCCACUCCAUUAGAACUCUAGUGGAUUCCUCCCUGCUGUGACAACUGUCCACUCCAUUAGAACUCUAGUGGAUUCCUCCCUACUGUGACAACAGGCCACUCCAUUAGAACUCUAGUGGAUUCCUCCCUACUGUGACAACAGGCCACUCCAUUAGAACUCUAGUGGAUUCCUCCCUACUGUGACAACAGGCCACUCCAUUAGAACUCUAGUGGAUUCCUCCCUACUGUGACAACAGGCCACUCCAUUAGAACUCUAGUGGAUUCCUCCCUACUGUGACAACAGGCCACUCCAUUAGAACUCUAGUGGAUUCCUCCCUACUGUGACAACAGGCCACUUCAUUAGAACUCUAGUGGAUUCCUCCCUACUGUGACAACAGGCCACUCCAUUAGAACUCUAGUGGAUUCCUCCCUACUGUGACAACAGGCCACUCCAUUAGAACUCUAGUGGAUUCCUCCCUACUGUGACAACAGGCCACUCCAUUAGAACUCUAGUGGAUUCCUCCCUACUGUGACAACAGGCCACUCCAUUAGAACUCUAGUGGAUUCCUCCCUACUGUGACAACAGGCCACUCCAUUAGAACUCUAGUGGAUUCCUCCCUACUGUGACAACAGGCCACUCCAUUAGAACUGGAGAAGUAGUGGAUUCCUCCCUGCUGUGACAACAGGCCACUCCAUUAGAACUGGAGAAGUAGUGGAUUCCUCCCUACUGUGACAACAGGCCACUCCAUUAGAACUGGAGAAGUAGUGGAUUCCUCCCUACUGUGACAACAGGCCACUCCAUUAGAACUCUAGUGGAUUCCUCCCUACUGUGACAACAGGCCACUCCAUUAGAACUCUAGUGGAUUCCUCCCUGCUGUGACAACUGGCCACUCCAUUAGAACUCUAGUGGAUUCCUCCCUACUGUGACAACAGGCCACUCCAUUAGAACUCUAGUGGAUUCCUCCCUACUGUGACAACAGGCCACUCCAUUAGAACUCUAGUGGAUUCCUCCCUACUGUGACAACAGGCCACUCCAUUAGAACUCUAGUGGAUUCCUCCCUACUGUGACAACAGGCCACUCCAUUAGAACUCUAGUGGAUUCCUCCCUACUGUGACAACAGGCCACUCCAUUAGAACUCUAGUGGAUUCCUCCCUACUGUGACAACAGGCCACUCCAUUAGAACUCUAGUGGAUUCCUCCCUGCUGUGACAACAGGCCACUCCAUUAGAACUGGAGAAGUAGUGGAUUCCUCCCUGCUGUGACAACAGGCCACUCCAUUAGAACUCUAGUGGAUUCCUCCCUACUGUGACAACAGGCCACUCCAUUAGAACUCUAGUGGAUUCCUCCCUGCUGUGACAACAGGCCACUCCAUUAGAACUCUAGUGGAUUCCUCCCUGCUGUGACAACAGGCCACUCCAUUAGAACUGGAGAAGUAGUGGAUUCCUCCCUGCUGUGACAACAGGCCACUCCAUUAGAACUGGAGAAGUAGUGGAUUCCUCCCUGCUGUGACAACAGGCCACUCCAUUAGAACUCUAGUGGAUUCCUCCCUGCUGUGACAACAGGCCACUCCAUUAGAACUGGAGAAGUAGUGGAUUCCUCCCUGCUGUGACAACAGGCCACUCCAUUAGAACUGGAGAAGUAGUGGAUUCCUCCCUACUGUGACAACAGGCCACUCCAUUAGAACUGGAGAAGUAGUGGAUUCCUCCCUGCUGUGACAACAGGCCACUCCAUUAGAACUCUAGUGGAUUCCUCCCUGCUGUGACAACAGGCCACUCCAUUAGAACUCUAGUGGAUUCCUCCCUGCUGUGACAACAGGCCACUCCAUUAGAACUCUAGUGGAUUCCUCCCUGCUGUGACAACAGGCCACUCCAUUAGAACUCUAGUGGAUUCCUCCCUGCUGUGACAACAGGCCACUCCAUUAGAACUGGAGAAGUAGUGGAUUCCUCCCUGCUGUGACAACAGGCCACUCCAUUAGAACUGGAGAAGUAGUGGAUUCCUCCCUGCUGUGACAACAGGCCACUCCAUUAAAACUCUAGUGGAUUCCUCCCUGCUGUGACAACAGGCCACUCCAUUAGAACUGGAGAAGUAGUGGAUUCCUCCCUGCUGUGACAACAGGCCACUCCAUUAGAACUGGAGAAGUAGUGGAUUCCUCCCUACUGUGACAACAGGCCACUCCAUUAGAACUGGAGAAGUAGUGGAUUCCUCCCUGCUGUGACAACAGGCCACUCCAUUAGAACUCUAGUGGAUUCCUCCCUGCUGUGACAACAGGCCACUCCAUUAGAACUCUAGUGGAUUCCUCCCUGCUGUGACAACAGGCCACUCCAUUAGAACUCUAGUGGAUUCCUCCCUACUGUGACAACAGGCCACUCCAUUAGAACUGGAGAAGUAGUGGAUUCCUCCCUGCUGUGACAACAGGCCACUCCAUUAGAACUGGAGAAGUAGUGGAUUCCUCCCUGCUGUGACAACAGGCCACUCCAUUAGAACUCUAGUGGAUUCCUCCCUGCUGUGACAACAGGCCACUCCAUUAGAACUGGAGAAGUAGUGGAUUCCUCCCUGCUGUGACAACUGUCCACUCCAUUAGAACUGGAGAAGUAGUGGAUUCCUCCCUACUGUGACAACAGGCCACUCCAUUAGAACUGGAGAAGUAGUGGAUUCCUCCCUGCUGUGACAACUGUCCACUCCAUUAGAACUGGAGAAGUAGUGGAUUCCUCCCUACUGUGACAACAGGCCACUCCAUUAGAACUGGAGAAGUAGUGGAUUCCUCCCUACUGUGACAACAGGCCACUCCAUUAGAACUGGAGAAGUAGUGGAUUCCUCCCUACUGUGACAACAGGCCACUCCAUUAGAACUGGAGAAGUAGUGGAUUCCUCCCUGCUGUGACAACAGGCCACUCCAUUAGAACUCUAGUGGAUUCCUCCCUGCUGUGACAACAGGCCACUCCAUUAGAACUCUAGUGGAUUCCUCCCUACUGUGACAACAGGCCACUCCAUUAGAACUGGAGAAGUAGUGGAUUCCUCCCUACUGUGACAACAGGCCACUCCAUUAGAACUGGAGAAGUAGUGGAUUCCUCCCUACUGUGACAACAGGCCACUCCAUUAGAACUCUACUGGAUUCCUCCCUGCUGUGACAACAGACCACUCCAUUAGAACUCUAGUGGAUUCCUCCCUGCUGUGACAACAGGCCACUCCAUUAGAACUCUAGUGGAUUCCUCCCUGCUGUGACAACAGGCCACUCCAUUAGAACUCUAGUGGAUUCCUCCCUACUGUGACAACAGGCCACUCCAUUAGAACUCUAGUGGAUUCCUCCCUGCUGUGACAACAGGCCACUCCAUUAGAACUGGAGAAGUAGUGGAUUCCUCCCUGCUGUGACAACAGACCACUCCAUUAGAACUGGAGAAGUAGUGGAUUCCUCCCUGCUGUGACAACAGGCCACUCCAUUAGAACUGGAGAAGUAGUGGAUUCCUCCCUACUGUGACAACAGGCCACUCCAUUAGAACUGGAGAAGUAGUGGAUUCGUUGUUAUUCAACAGCAAGCUGGCUUUCCAGGAUUGGCCCAAAAGAUGAGUUGGAUUUAGAAAAGGUGUUUGACUUCUUAAAUGAGUGUCAGUAACUGGGAGAAUAUUUUUUCUUGGCUCUGUUGGCAGGAGUGGUCUUCCUUUUCAGUUGACAGAUGAGAGCAGGCAUGCUGGGUAGGGCAUGUGUCUCUGGAGAGACCAAGGAUUGUAAAGGAGCAGAAACCAAGUCUGGAGUCUGAUAUAAACCACACCACUGCCAAGACACUCUAUCCUCCCUCCUCCACAAAGACAUCUUAACCCAUACAAUCACUAAGCUAGGAGUGCAAAUGAUCAGCUCCUACCUAUCAAAGUAUCAUGAAGAAAUGCACCGUUUAAAAUGUGAUGUCUGCCUGAAAUAUUUGUCAAGAAUGAGCACUUGCAUAUGGCUGUCAAGACUAAUGUAUUUUCUCUGGUGUUUCUUUCCUUGGAAAUGUCAUAUUCCUCACAGUUUUUUUCAUGUAAUUGGUUGUGGUUUAACACAGACCUGGAGAUGAUGUCCUCUUCGUACAGGGACACUGUAAGGCAGCAUGGAUUUCUUAUUUACCAGGAUAAAAUAAGCUCCGUAAAUAACCCUCCUCUGAAACCUGCAUGCUGUGGUUCUCUUUGACCACAGGGAGGCGCUGCUGUGGUUAGUCACAUUACUAUACUUUAUUACCAGGUCAUCAGUAACAAACACUCAAAAGAUGAAUUCUAUUACUCAUUUAGAAUAUGCAUCUAUAUAUAUUUCUGGUUUGUAUUACCUUUUCAAUGAAUAUUAUGUAUUGUAUAAGUUUAUGGAUCACUUUAUCCAGCACACUCUAGAAUCCUCAGUGAUGAACAGCCUAACAGGCAGUCUGAGUACGAGGUCAAAGAGAAGAGUAGUGUUGGAUGAGGUGAUUGAGGGAGAGGACUCCAGUGUGUCGCAUCUCUUUUCAUCCUCCAGCUAUUACCUCUCCUUUCGCAAUGUCUAUGGAUCUGCAUGGCCUUACCUGCUGGCCAAGCAGGGGAUCUAGAGACAGGACGGGCCUGUCAACAGUCUAGUAAAUAACUCUGGAUCUCUUCUCCCUUUUACCUCAUGCUCUUGCUGUCUCAUGAGACCCUCAUGCUCUUACCCUCCCUACAACAUCAAAGUUCACACUAAGAAUGAGCAUUUGAAAUGUAGCAUAUACUGUCUCUUAUACAUGAACAAAGCAGAGGAACCUCAAAUCUCCCUUUUAUCUAGAGCAGAUACCCUUGGAGGUUGAUGGUGGACAUUCUUAAACUAGAUUCAUGUAUUCUUGUCAGUCAUGUCUUAUCCUUUAAGGACAAGUGUGACUUCAACCAAGUUCAACCAUUUUUUUUUGUAUUGUAUACCGUAGUUCAUUACAUCAGUAAAAGGUUUGACUUUGGGGUCUCAAAGGUAAACACAUUAUCACUUAGAAAGCACUCCAUUUCAAAAUAACAUGCUUAUCAGUUGUUUUUGGAGAUGCAGCUACAGUAAUCGUAUUUAACAUCAUCAAGCCAUGUCUAUUUGUAUUUCUGUAAACUGCAAUGGGUUUGUAUCACUACCGUCUUAUGUAAACAUGCAACUGAGAUUCCAAAACCUUGAAAUAUCAAUUUAUUCCCCGUCAUUUCAUAUUUGCCUUGAAUUAAAACAACGUUGAGUUCCA